CCUGAUGUGAAAUACGGAAAGCGAAUUCACGUGUUACCCAUUGACGACACAAUCGAAGGGCUGACUGGGAACCUGUUUGAAGUUUACCUGAAACCCUAUUUUCUGGAAGCUUAUAGACCUGUGCACAAAGGAGAUAUCUUCCUGAUCCGAGGCGGUAUGCGGGCUGUUGAGUUUAAAGUUGUGGAGACUGACCCAACUCCCCACUGCAUUGUGGCCCCCGAUACCAUCCUACACUGCGAGGGAGAGCCAAUCAAACGAGAGGACGAGGAGGAGAAUCUGAAUGAUGUCGGGUAUGAUGACAUCGGAGGGUGCCGCAAGCAGUUGGCACAGAUCAAGGAGAUGGUGGAGCUCCCGCUACGUCACCCAGCCCUUUUCAAAGCCAUCGGAGUGAAGCCUCCUCGCGGGAUCUUGCUGUACGGGCCUCCGGGGACUGGGAAAACGCUGGUGGCCCGGGCUGUGGCCAAUGAAACUGGAGCAUUCUUCUUCCUCAUCAACGGGCCUGAAAUCAUGAGCAAACUCGCUGGUGAGUCGGAGAGUAACCUGAGGAAGGCGUUUGAGGAAGCUGAGAAGAACGCCCCAGCGAUAAUCUUCAUCGAUGAGCUGGAUGCAAUCGCUCCAAAGAGAGAGAAGGUAAACCAUUACAGGGCAGCACAGUG